AUGCCCCUCAGUAGCGACAUUUUCCGCAGACAGCUUCGGGAGCUUUAUGAGGUCUGCCAAGCUCUUAGGGGGAGACUUCAUGACAUACAGACUGCGGCUAUUCAACACGACCACCAAGAUGUGAUGUUACAGCACUUCUAUACGGAUUUUGCUGCCAUAGUGAACAAGCUACGCACCGCCGCUCACGAUACUCGAGUCACUGCAGAUUAUCUGUACAACAAUCUCUUCAGCAAAUUAUUGGAGGACAUGUCAAAUGAAGCCAAGAUUCAGAAACUCGAUGAAUUCAUCCGGUCCAAUUCCUUCAGAAAUAAACGCAGUGCAGUGACUGCUUUCAAUUUCAACCCUACGGCAAUCCGUAACCGCUUUGAGACGCUAUUGGGUGCGCUUAGGAUGUUUAGCGACUUCUACCAGGAGGUCGAACAGUUUAUCAACCAGUUCAAGGAGCACUUGAGAGGAAAUGGGGUCUCAGUUCAGAUUGUGAAGCCAGUCACCGAUUGGAUGGCUCGAAUCUCUGUAGCCAUUGUCGAUUAUGAGAAUCAGAAUUGAAGCUUGUGCCAUUCGGGACCAUUGGCUCUGGUCGACACUUUUCCCCUAGCGCCAUUUCCUAGCGUUCAACACUACGAUGCACUUUCGGGGCUCAUGUAUAUAACAUUAUCAUAGACAAAUAACCGUUCGUUUCGCCCCUUAUCAACUCUCUUUCGAACAUGAUAUUAGAGUUGAAGAGAGACCAUAUGUGAAGCGACGCAGCAAGUUCAAGCUAUACUUAUUAUUUAUUCGUUACUCCAGAGAAUUUUC